GCUGAUUUCAGUUGAUGUGCAGAUGAAUGAUUUGUGUUUCCUCUCCAGAUGAAAGUGUGUGUGAGAUGAGCAGCAUGAAUCAGUGUGAGGACAGAGAGGAGGGAGGCCCUCCCUCUAAAACCACUGGACCAGGACCAGGACCUGGACCUGGACCUAGACCUGGACCAGGACCAGGACCUGAGCCCAGCUGUGUGUCAUUCAAGAGUGACCAGUCAGAACAUCGUCCCAUUGAUUUUAAAGGACAACCAGCUCCUGCUGUAAAGAGGAGACCAGCCUCUACUGGACCAGGACCUGGACCUGGACCUGGACCUGAGCCCAGCUGUGUGUCCUUCAAGAGUGACCAGUCAAAUGAUCGUCUCAUUCAUUUUAAAGAACAACCAGCUCCUGCUGUAAAGAGAGUCGACCAGGAGAGCUCAGAGGUUCCCAGAGGUCCGUCUGUCCAGCAGCAUCAGACACACCUGGACUCCAUAUUUAUGCUGCUGGAGGAGAACAUUGUCACUUUUGUGAAGAACGAGCUGAAGAAGGUCCAGAAGGUUCUGAGUUCAGAUUACCCAGAAUGCUCAGAGAGUCAGAGGGAGGAUGAGGAGGUGUUGGACGGUGAGGAUGAAGAGCAGAGGAGGAGCAGCAGAGAGGCAUUUCUGAAGAUCACACUUCACUUCCUGAGGAGAAUGAAGCAGGAGGAGCUGGCUGACUGUCUGCAGAGCAAAAGUCAUUCUGCAGUUUGUCAGCGUAAACUCAAAUCUAACCUUCAGAAGAAGUUCCAGUGUGUGUUUGAGGGGAUCGCUAAAGCAGGAAACCCAACCCUUCUGAAUCAGAUCUACACAGAGCUCUACAUCACAGAGGGAGGGACUGCAGAGGUCAAUGAUGAACAUGAGGUCAGACAGAUUGAAACAGCAUCCAGGAAACCACACAGACCAGAAACAACAGUCAGACAAGAAGACAUCUUUAAAGCCUCACCUGGAAGAGACGAACCAAUCAGAAGAGUGAUGACAAAGGGAGUGGCUGGCAUCGGGAAAACAGUCUUAACACAGAAGUUCACUCUGGACUGGGCUGAAGACAAAGCCAACCAGGACAUACAGUUCACAUUUCCAUUCACUUUCAGAGAGCUGAAUGUGCUGAGAGAGAAAAAGUUCAGCUUGGUGGAACUUGUUCAUCACUUCUUCACUGAAACCAAAGAAAUCUGCAGCUUUGAAGAGUUCCAGGUUGUUUUCAUCUUUGACGGACUGGAUGAGUGUCGACUUCCUCUGGACUUCCACAACACUGAGAUCCUGACUGAUGUUAGAGAGUCCACCUCAGUGGAUGUGCUGCUGACAAACCUCAUCAGGGGGAAACUGCUUCCCUCUGCUCGCCUCUGGAUAACCACACGACCUGCAGCAGCCAAUCAGAUCCCUCCUGGGUGUGUUGAUAUGGUGACAGAGGUCAGAGGGUUCACUGACCCACAGAAGGAGGAGUACUUCAGGAAGAGAUUCAGAGACAAGAAGCAGGCCAGCAGAAUCAUCUCCCACAUCAAGACAUCACGAAGCCUCCACAUCAUGUGCCACAUCCCAGUCUUCUGCUGGAUCACUGCUACAGUUCUGGAGGAUGUGUUGAAGACCAGAGAGGGAGGAGAGCUGCCCAAGACCCUGACUGAGAUGUACAUCCACUUCCUGGUGGUUCAGGCCAAAGUGAAGAAGGUCAAGUAUGAUGGAGGAGCUGAGACAGAUCCACACUGGACUCCAGAGAGCAGGAAGAUGAUUGAGUCUCUGGGAAAACUGGCUUUUGAUCAGCUGCAGAAAGGAAACCUGAUCUUCUAUGAAUCAGACCUGACAGAGUGUGGCAUCGAUAUCAGAGCAGCCUCAGUGUACUCAGGAGUGUUCACACAGAUCUUUAAAGAGGAGAGAGGACUGUACCAGGACAAGGUGUUCUGCUUCGUCCAUCUGAGUGUUCAGGAGUUUCUGGCUGCUCUUCAUGUCCAUCUGACAUUCAUCAACUCUGGAGUCAAUCUGCUGACAACAAACAAACAAAAGAAAGACCGUCAAUCUGCAGAGAAACGUCUCUACCAGAGUGCUGUGGACGAGGCCUUACAGAGUCCAAAUGGACAUCUGGACUUGUUCCUCCGCUUCCUCCUGGGUCUUUCACUGCAGACCAAUCAGACUCUCCUUAAAGGUCUGCAGACACAGACAGGAAGUAUCUCACAGACAAAUCAGGAAACAGUCGAGUACAUGAAAAAGAAGAUCAGUGAGAAUCUGUCUCCAGAGAGAAGCAUCAAUCUGUUCCACUGUCUGAAUGAACUGAACGAUCGUUCUCUAGUGGAGGGGAUCCAACAGUACCUGAGUUCAGGACGUCUCUCCACAGAUGAACUGUCUCCUGCUCAGUGGUCGGCUCUGGUCUUCAUCUUACUGUCAUCAGAAAAAGAUCUGGAUGUAUUUGACCUGAAGAAAUACUCUGCUUCAGAGGAGGCUCUUCUGAGGCUGCUGCCAGUGGUCAAAGCCUCCAACAAAGCUCUACUAAGUGGCUGUAAGCUCUCAGAGAGAAGCUGUGAAGCUCUGUCCUCAGUUCUCAGCUCCCAGUCCUCUAGUCUGAGAGAGCUGGACCUGAGUAACAACAACCUGCAGGAUUCAGGAGUGAAGCUGCUUUCUGCUGAACUGAAGAGUCCACACUGUGUCCUUGAAACUCUCAGGCUGUCAGACUGUCUGAUCACAGAGGAAGGCUGUACUUCUCUGGCCUCAGCUCUGGACUCCAACCCCUCCCAUCUGAGAGAGCUGGACCUGAGUAACAACAACCUGCAAGAUUCAGGAGUGAAGCGACUUUGUACGGAACUGAAGAGUCCACACUGUGUCCUUGAAACUCUCAGGCUGUCAGGCUGUCUGAUCACAGAGGAAGGCUGUACUUCUCUGGCCUCAGCUCUGGACUCCAACCCCUCCCAUCUGAGAGAGCUGGACCUGAGUAACAACAACCUGCAGGAUUCAGGAGUGAAGCGACUGUCUUCUGAACUGAAAAGUCCACACUGUGUCCUUGAAACUCUCAGGCUGUCAGGCUGUCUGAUCACAGAGGAAGGCUGUACUUCUCUGGCCUCAGCUCUGGACUCCAACCCCUCCCAUCUGAGAGAGCUGGACCUGAGCUUCAAUCAUCCAGGAGACUCAGGAGUGAAGCUCCUGUCUGCUCGACUGGAGGAUCCAGGCUGGAGACUGGACACUCUCAGGGUGGAGCCUGCUGGAGUCCAAUGGUUGACACCAGGUCUGAGGAGAUAUUCCUGUGAGCUCACAGUCGACACAAACACAGUCAGCAGAUACAUCAAACUGUCUGACAACAACAGGAAGAUGACAUAUGUGGAGGAGGAUCAGUCAUAUCCUGAUCAUCCAGAGAGGUUUGACCCCUAUAUUCAGCUGCUGUGUAGAACUGGUCUGACUGGUCGCUGUUACUGGGAGGUCGAGUGGAGAGGAGAUGUUUAUAUAUCGGUGAGCUACAGAAGAAUCAGAAGGAGAGGAGACAGAGAUCACUGUGUGUUUGGACUGAAUGAUCAGUCCUGGAGUCUGUGGUGCUUUGCUGUUGGUUGUUACUCUGUCUGGCACAAUAAGAGAAAAACAGUCUCCUUCUCCUCCUCCUCCUCCUCCUCCUCCUCCUCCUUCUCCUCCUCCUCCUCCUCUGGUAGAGUAGCAGUGUAUGUGGACUGUCCUGCUGGCACUCUGUCCUUCUACAGAGUCUCCUCUGACUCACUGAUCCACCUCCACACCUUCAACACCACAUUCACUCAACCUCUUUAUCCUGGAUUUGGACUCUUGUGGACCAGUCCUGGUUCCUCAGUGCGUCUGUGUGGUGUUUAGUGUGCAGAGUCUCCUCCUGUCACAGAAACAUUGUCAGUGCUGAACAGUUGAGUCUGUACAGGAUCACAAUCACAUCAAUCUUUCAGCUUCUUGUAAUAAAUUCAUCAUCAACUUUGUACAAAAUGAUUCAAACUGAUUGAAAAGAUUCUUCAUUUACAUUUGAAACUUCUUCCAUUAAAUUGUGGAAAUUGCGUUGACUUGUACUUUCUGUCAUGUGUUGUUUUGAAUUCUGGCUCUUGUUCCAAUAAAAUCCACAACUAUCAGUGAAAUGUAAGAAACAGAAAACAUCGACUCGUCUGCAGCUUUAAUUGUAAAGAAUCGUUGUGAACAAAGUUGUAAAUGGACAGUAAAAUCUGAUCAAAUGUACUCGACACUCCACCUGAAACACUCUGACUUGUUUCAUGUGUUUCUAAUGAUGAAACUAAAAGUUUGAUGGUGUUGGUUAACACAUGUAAUUAUGUCCGUAGUGACAGAGUCAUAAACUGCACAACAUCUCUUCA